AUGAUAAAUCUACCCAAGUUUGUUUUCAAGUUUGUUGGGUUCUCGUUUCUACUAUGGGUGCUUCUCUCCACUGCCAUUCCCCAGGUUUCGCUUAAGUUGACCAACAAGGAGAUACAGACCAAUAAGUUCCUCCAGUCGACAUAUCCAUACAACUCAAUCACCUCACCAAGUCCCUUGCCUAUUGCUGAUAGCGAUGUUUACUAUAUUAUUGGCCAUCCUGACGACGAGGUGAUGUUCUUUGCACCCUCUUUGUUGGAGAUUUCCAAGAAGAAGCACAAUAACCGUGUACAUUUGGUGUGUUUUUCAAAGGGAGACGCAGUGGACCCUUCAAUGGGUGUGAUAAGGUCUGAAGAGCUCAGACAAUCUGCUAGGAUACUUGGAGUUAAGGAGUCAGACGUUAUUGUAUUGGAUGGGUACGCAGAUGGCAUGAACGUUCUGUGGGACGCGGCAGACAUUGGAACUAGUUUGAGCAAGAUCGUUAAAGAGCCUAGAUCUGUACUCAUUACUUUUGACGAGCAAGGCGUGUCGAAUCAUCCUAAUCACAUUUCGCUUUAUCAUGGCGUCCGGAGCUUCUACGAGAACUACCUUAAGAGAAAAUCACCAGAGAACAGGCUUUUCGUUCUUAAGAGUUUGAAUUUCUGGGAGAAGUAUUCAUUUACCCUUCUCACUAACGUGGAGUUGUUGGUGGACUUGAUCUCAAAACACUUCUUGAGUAAUAUUCUCAAGUUGAACGUCAACGUGAGCUUCUUCAACCAAAUCCCACGCGAAGGACCUCCAACGAUUAGAUUCUACUCAGACUUGAACAUGCUAAGCGUGUCAUAUGCCGCAAUGGCUUACGGCCACUUUUCACAGAUGGUAUGGUUUAGGUAUGGAUGGCUUCUUUUCAGUAGGUACUUGACCUACAACAACCUCAUCCAAGUGAAGUAG